AUGGUUCAUCCAAAUAAUGGUCGAAGACGUAUGGCAAAAGGCAAUCGACAAUCAUCAAAAAAUGGAUCAAUUCAGAAUAAUUUACCGCAAUGUGUUGAUUAUAAUGAAUUGAAACGAGAACGUCAUUAUGAGUUGAAUAAUAAAAACAAUAAUAAUAUAAAUUCUGAACUAUUGGAAUAUGCAUAUCCUCGUUAUAUAAAUCGUUUAUAUCAUGGUAAUAAUAAUAAUUACAAUAAUAAUAAUGGUAAGAAUCUUAUUAUUUUCUUAUUGUUUGUUAGUGUGCAUAAGAGACAGAAGAGAAAGUGGGAAUAAUAUUCUCAACCAGUUUGUGUGACUUUCAGGCACUAUUUUCGUUUUUAUAAACGUCAUGAAAACAACUAUCGCUAUUCACUGACAGUCACACUUGUACAUAGUCAAAAUACAGAUCUUAACGACACUAUAGUGUCACUAACAAGAAAACGCUUUCCAAAAGAACGCUAAAAGCAUCUCCAGGACGCGUUAUACUUUUUCAACAACGCGUUCUUGGUCGUUCCUUUUUAUGAACUUUUUUCAUGUAUACAUUAAGGUUAUUUUUUAUUUUUGCUGUAUUAAUAUAACUUUAAAAGUUCAGUACAUGCAAAAGUUUAUUAAUUAUAAAUUAAGAAAUAUAUAGACGCUUUUAUCUUGAAUUCAGUAUGUAUGAAUCAACUAAUGCAAAAAUCAUGAUUCUAGAAUUGACGGAGCUACACUAUUAUGGUCCGCUAAUGACCUAUUUUUCAAAUCAGUUUUUUUUUUAAAUUAAUAAUCUCACAAAAACUGAAUUUACAGAUUUUCAGUAUUUUUGCUUUCUUAGACCGUGGCACCAUCACACGUACCAGUCUUAGAGCUAAAGACUGUCUUGUCGAGACACAUUUCAACGACUUGGAUGGUCAAUCGAAGAAGUGAAAACCUCUAGAACAACAGGAUGUUUUUAAAGAGUUUUAAACUGAUUACAAGUCAGUUUUUUUAGUCAUACAGUAAACAGCCCAUGAAUGAGUUAUUAAAUAUCAGUUUUCGUUGACCUAGAUAUGUUCGCUUUUUUAUCUAUUUUAAUUCUCACUCUCUCUCCAGAUAAUAUGGAUGAGCCGUGCGCAACGAAAAAAUUGAUUAUUGUAAAUAAUACUGGUAGGUAUAGAGAGAAUAAAAAAAGUUAUUUUUUUCCUCUUGCACGCUGCAAGUUUUUCUGUUUUUUGUAUAUAAUGCACGAUUACUUUUUUAUCAAGUAAUGAUCAUAAACAGCUUUUUCCUGCUGUAAAUAAUAUUUAAUCAAAGCAUGAACAUCUUAGGGAACGUUUCAAAAUGUAUUCCGGUCGGUCGGUCGCUAUUCCUCUAUUCCGCUGUUCCCCUAUUCCUCAAUUCCGCUAUUCCUCUGUUCCCCGACUAUUCCUCUCUUAUUCCUCUGUCAUUCCUCUAUUCCCCAAUUAUUUCUCUAUUAUACAAUUUAAAUUCUAAUUUAUUUUAUUUUAUUUUGUAUAGUUCGGUUUCUUUGAUUGUAUUGUUG